CAACGCACCGGGAUUUGUUGUUUGAAAAACUGCUAGAUCGACACUGUAAAAGAAAGUUAAACGCUCGGUGGUGUUCUUCACAUCAUCGAUGCUCAACGCUCGGAGGGAGGAGACAGCGUCGAGGGUGCCGGUUCUUCUUGAUCCGAGUGCAACGCCGAAUUCCAACUGACGCGAUGACGGAGUCAGGAUUCAAGGAGUGUCGUAGCCGAUCCGAUGGGAACCGGCGUCCCGAACUUCGUCUGGGACUUGUUAUCAGGGUACCGAAGAUGGCGCAACUCUGUUUCGUCGUUAGUCUCAUCCUGCAGAUCCUGAGGAUCGGACAAUUGGCCGCUGCAGCUACCACUGCACCGACUUCCGAUCCAGAAUUCACAGAUUCCAUCGAGAACAUAACAGUUCCGGCUGGUAGAAACGUGAAGCUGGCCUGCAGCGUGAAGAAUUUAGGCUCGUACAAGGUUGCUUGGAUGCACUUUGAGCAGAGCGCGAUACUGACGGUCCACAAUCACGUGAUAACCAGGAACCCGCGUAUUUCGGUAACGCACGACAAACACCGUACCUGGUUUCUGCACAUAAGCGACGUCCACCAGGAGGACAUGGGAAGGUACAUGUGCCAGAUAAACACGGUAACGGCGAAGACGCAGUUUGGCUACCUCCACGUCGUAGUACCGCCGAACAUCGACGACUCCCUGAGUUCGUCGGACGCCAUAGUCAGAGAAGGUGCCAACGUCAGUCUGACCUGCAAGGCGACCGGAAGUCCGCCGCCAAACAUACGCUGGAAACGAGACGACGGCUCGAAGAUAUCGAUAAACAAAAACCUCGUCGUGCCCGAAUGGGAAGGAGACACUUUGGAAAUGGCCAGAAUCUCGAGGCUAGACAUGGGCGCCUACCUCUGCAUAGCGAGCAACGGAGUUCCCCCAACAGUGAGCAAGAGGAUCAAAGUAUCAGUAGACUUUCCGCCGAUGCUGUGGAUACCUCAUCAGCUAGUCGGAGCACCCCUCGGGUACUCGGUGACCCUCGAGUGUCACUCCGAGGCUCACCCGACAUCCCUAAACUACUGGACCCGCGAGGACGGACACAUGAUUCACGACAGCGAGAAACACAGAGCGGUUACUCUCCCCGACAAACCGUCGUAUAAAACCCACAUGCAGUUGACCAUUCACAGUUUAACGAAAGAUGAUUUCGGCACCUAUAAAUGCGUGGCGAAAAAUCCAAGAGGUGAAACGGACGGGACUAUUCGUUUGUACAUCUCGGACCCACCCAGCACAAGCCCGAGCCCAGCAACUACCGAGUUGUCCAGAAAAGACUGGGACUCCACGGCGGAGCUGAACAACUCUGUUUACGGGAAUCCGAGCUCUCUGACAAUCCACAACGAAAAGGGAGCUAAAGUGGGAAGCAAGUUCCAGUCAAAUCUGAACGAGAUCGACAAAUCCGAGCAAAAAUCAAGUGACUCGGACAGGAAGAGAAACUCAAAAUGGCCAUCGGGUGACAACGGUGGCAACGGAGCGGAGCUCGCUUCCAGCCUGGCUUUGCUGUAUUUGGGUGUGGCAGGAUGGUUAGCGGUCCGAUAAACGCGGGCGUAAUUAACGAAUUAUCCGUAAUAAAAUACGCAAUAUUAUAUAUUGACAGAAAACAAAAAUGCAUAUAAAUAAUAAAACAUGUUUACUGCGCAAUAUUGUAAUAUUAUACGAACUCGAUUUGAAACCUUGUUCAAAAAGAAGAAUAAAA